UCCUCACGCGGCAGCCAUCCAGUGCAUCUCCCUGCAUCCCUCCUGACUCAGCCCCCUCUCUCCCUCCUCCCCACUCCUCCUCGGACGUGCCGCCGCUCCAUCAGGCGGAGCUCUUGGUGGAGGAAAUGAGGGACACAACAACAACCGUGGCGAUGGAAGUGUGGACGGACUAACAGCGCUAUACGGGAAGCCGGGCACAGGCUCCAGGCUCUCAGUGUAGAGCUGAAAAACUCAGAGAAAAGGUUCGAGCACAAGAAACCCGAGACGUUGCCUGGCUCCAUGUCUGCCCCUGCUCCGCCCAAUCAGAGGUCUACAUCGGUCUCUCGCCGAUUCAACCCUCUGAAGGUGCUGCAGCCCAAACGUCGCUUGCAGCAAAUACUGGCGUCCUCGCCCGUGCCGGUACCCAAGCCGGCGUCUGGGUCGGGGACUGCUGUGCCAGCCGCCACAGCACCAGUGGCCAUUCCUGUGCCCGCGCCCCCUGCGUUUGACUACUGCAGGUUCAUAGAGUUAGACUACGUGCCCAUGGAGUCAAGCUAUAUGGUGUCAAUGCGCCCAACUAAAGGCUAUGUAUCGACCAAGUCACCGACCAAGGGAUACGCUUCCACCAAGUCUCCGGAUCGCCACGGUCGUUCAACAAACUCUCCCUCUACCCCUCGCUCCCGGCGCACUCCGGCUGCGGCCAGUAAUAGAGAUCCCUAUGGAAACGCUUCUCUCAGCAGCAGCAGCAACUCAGGCUCAUGUAAAGGCAGUGAAUGCAGCCCAACCAAAGGACGCCAUCAGAAGUACACGUCAUGUACAGACAACCAUGGCAUUCGGCCUCCUCCACCAGAGCAGUACCUCACACCCCUUCAGCAGAAGGAGGUGUGUAUCCGACACCUGCGGGCCAAGCUAAAAGAAACCAUCAACACCCUGCAAGACAGGGACACAGAAAUAGAUGAGUUGAGAGGCCGGCUUUACAGAAUGCAGGAGGACUGGGUUGAAGAAGAGUGCCACCGCGUAGAGGCUCAGCUGGCCCUGAAGGAGGCGCGUCAGGAAAUCCAGCAGCUCAAACAGGCUGUGGAUACUGUUCGUGCCAGGCUGAGCGAUGCCGGAGGUAUCAGUGGAGAUGUAGGGGUCCAGAAGUACUUUCAGGAUAUCAAUGCUCAGAACCACAAGCUGGAAAACCUUUUGCUGAGUAUGGAGUUGGCCCAGGCAGGAUUAGCAAAGGAGGCGGAGGCUAUGCCAGGCUGUCGGACCCGCGUUGGGGGUUCAGCACCAGCAUCUGUUUCAGGAGAAAGUCCUGGCGGAGUACCCAAACUUACUGUAGGAGGAAGAGGGUCUUGCUCUUGUGAUGGCUCCCCAGCCCGAUCUUUAACUCGGAGUUCCACCUACACAAAGCUGAGUGAUCAGGCACUGGCGGACCGCAAUGACAACGGGUCGGACUUUCCUUGUCUCUCAGGCGACGGCACCCAGGACAGCGGCUUUGUGUGCUGUGGGGAGAGUAACAUCCCCAGCCGGGCUGACCUUCUGCUGGAGGCCGCAUUCCUUUCUGAGGAAACAGCAUCUUUACUUAAUUCCUACACGCAGACCUUCUCCCACUCUCUUCCCCAUUCUCAUCCCCACUCUCUGCCAAACUCACUGUCUCACACCUACUCACAUACCUUACCUCAUUCUUUCCCUCACAAUUUGUCCCACUCUGUGCCGCAUACUAUGCCACACUCUUCUACGUAUGAGAAGCUGUGCACAGGGGAGGGGCUGGCACCCUUUCGUUGUGGUCUGGGUGGAGUGAGCUGUAUGAGCCACCCCUGCCUCUCCCACCACCAUCUGUACCUGCACCCUUUAAGGGAGACUGGCAUUCAGACAGAAAGCUGCCCCAUCCCUACAACAGCAGGGUAUCCCUCCGAUCUGGACACCAUCGCAGAGCAACGUACUUUCCGGUCCCAGGCCUGCAGCCCCACUUCAACCUGGAUGUCUGAUGAAGGGGACGAGGAGUUGGACUCCAUUACCACCACAACUUCAGUAACCACAGCAACAGUCAUGAGUACAGCAACAGAGCCAAUCCCCAAAACUCCAGUGGUCCCAUCUUUACCACGGUCCGCCACUGUUGCGUGUUCCAUGGAAAGUCCUGUGCAUAAAGAGAAAGAGUAUUUAGAGGAGGAGGAAAAGCAGGAGAAAGAGGAAAAAGAGAAGGAAGCUUUUGUGGCAGAAGAGCAGGUGGAGAUAGUUAUGAUCAAACUGGCAGAAGAAAGGCAACAGAUGCUGAUGGGUUCAGUGGGAGAGAAGAUAGAAGGGCAGGGUGCGGAAGAGAAGCCGGCUCAAGGAAAACUCUGUGAUCUUGCUGAGAUGCCAGCAACAUGGCAGGGUGAGCUUAAGUUAAGAGGAUGCUGUGGAGAAGGCAGGCAGGGUGGGACAUCAUUUGAAAACCUCGGAGUUGUGGACACGCAGCAAGAAAGCUGUCCUUUACAAGAAUCAACCCAGGUAGAGACACCUCACCUGAGUCCGAGUCACCAGAGAUCUUCUCCAGCUAUAGAACAGCCUCACACAAUCCAGCCAAGAAGGUCUACUUCCCAUGAGGAGAUAGGUGGUGUUACAGUGGUGGAGGUGCACAAUGAGGACAAUGAUAACGGUGAAACAAAAGAGCACGGUGCCACAGGGGACACUGCAGAAGAGAACGGAGAAUCAUCUAGCUCUGGGACGAUUCAGAAAAGCUACUGGAGUCGUCACUUCCUAGUUGAUCUGCUUGCGGUGGCCAUUCCUGUGGUGCCGACGGUGGCGUGGCUCUGCCGCGGUCCAGUCCGGGAAGGACAACCAAUGUAUCACAUAGGAUCACUGCUGAGAGGCUGUUGCACUGUGGCGUUGCACUCACUGCGCAGGGGAGGCGGGCUGAGGCACUACCCCGCAGGCGGGGGAGACUUAGGGGGAUCACAGAUAUAAGAAGAAAAUCUGUUCAGCACCUCUGUGGCCCUUAACCACGACCUUUCCUGUGUAGGUUUUCUCUUGGAAGAUUCAAGUGCAAGAAGACGAGGACUUCCUGUCCUGCAGUUUCUGCCAAGAAUAGGCAAGACGGGUAUAAGAAACAGGAAAUGUGAAGCUCUUGGACUGGCAAGCUCUGCCCUGUUUUGGUUCUGCUCCGCAAUGUCGGUCACCCAAUGUUCCUCAGCCUUGCUACCAAGAUGUCUGCCAGCUCUACUGGCUUGUGGAAAAGUAAAUGAGCUGAUUGAAGUGAAUGAUGCCUGGAUCUUUGAUGCUGAUUGUUUCUUUUGAUCUUAAAUGCAGGGAAAACUGUAAAAGAUUCAUUGACUACUCAACCUAUGAAUUCUAACACAUUUGAAUGGUUGUGUGUGUAUAUGUGGCAUAUAUGUAUAAGAGCUUGUAUACAUGUGUAGCCAAGUUACAAAAAGCUACAGCUUCACCAAGUCAUUAAGCAAUGACUGAGGGGAAAAUCCACUCUAAAUCAGAAUUUACAUGUUUCCUACAACUGCAGACGGUUUUCAUUGAUCUUCAAGACUGAAAUCUCAGAGUGUGUCUGCCAUCAUGACAGGAUGACGUAGACACAAAACUCAGGGAUGUUCCGAGGGUAGAAACACACAAACCUAUUAAAUUUGCUUCAAAUCAUAAACAUUUUCCACACCCAGCUGUGGCCAGUUCAGUUGUGCUGCCAAGUUAAACUCUACUUACUUUUAAUCGUACUAUUUUAGUAUUAAGGUUUUAGUUCUCUCUCCUGGCCAAAGAAGCUUUUUGGUUGAACUCAACACCCCAAAGGAAUGUUGUUCAUCAUUAAAAUGACGUCUGCCAAAAAUCCUAUGUAGAUGUUUAUUAAUCAAACACAGUAGGUGAAUCUGAGGUGUGUAUACAUCAACUGCAUAGAAGCUGAUUUCUAAUUUUCUUUCAUGCAUUUCAUGCAUUUAGCAGUUUGAGGCAUCUAAAAACAAAAACCAUGAUGCCAUCACACUUAGGAUGAGACUGUUUUUAAGAUAAGAUAAGAUAGAUCUUUAUUGUCACUGUUACAAGGACAAUGAAAGACAGUUUGGCAUCUCUCCAUUAGCAGCAUGUAUAUUUUUUCUAUAUUAAAAUUACUUUAUAAUAAAAGAUAAGAGACAAAUUUCCCACCUGUGGGACUAAUAAAGGUUAUCUUAUCUUAUCUUAUACACAGAUACAUGCAGAUGCCAGAGUCUUUUCAAGCUUUUCAGAAAUGUGUAAAUGUAGCAUUUCCACUAAAAGCUUUUUUUCCUGGAAAUGAUUGAUUUAGGCCAUAAAAUUGCAUAUGUCGCCAAGCAUUCUCAUCUACUUAUAAUAUGCAUAACCAUCACUUGAAACAAAAAACAGGCUUUGUCCUUGUUGAACGAAGUCUUCAUGUUGCGCCUUUUGUAGGCAGUUAUUUAGUCUAACCUGCCAAUUAACCUGAUAAAAGCAAGUACCUUGCUUGAUUUCUGCAAUUUUUUUCUAAAGACUGCUUAAACAUUUCCCUGUACUCGACGUUGACGUUAGAAUGUGCACUUUAAUUUCUCUUCAUCUCUGCAUCCCCAGGAGGCCAGCCAGAAUCUCAUUAAUAAUGAAGGAGAUGUUACUUAUUAUAGAAAGUCCAUGGGUGAUUUACCUAUUCUGCCAUGUUCGUUGUGUUUCUACCCUGAGAGCAUUACGAUUAGUUCUCCUAAAUAAAUAAAGCUAUUCAGAUUUAUUAAACUCAAACUAAGAUCAAUACCACACUUAUAACUAUACACUAAAAAUAAAGCUCAGUUGAGAGCCAGCCUGAGUCUUUGCAAAGGUAAACUCAAAAGUUAUAAAGCAAAGCUCUCUAAAUAAAAUCUUAGAUUUGUUUCUGUAAUCCAUAUGAGAGCUUUUGUUUCUGUUGUUUUCAUUUUAUGUAUCUAUUUAUUUAUUGGGGCAGUCUACUUGUUUGGGAAGGUGAUAAUAAUAACAUGCAUAUUAUAUUUUAGGGUGGAAUAUUUUCCAUACUCAGUCAUAUUGUCUCAUAUGGGCCUUAUCUGCUUAAGCUUGUAUUCAAAGCAAAGUUGCCAGAACCAAUUCAUUUGGUGAAAAUAACAGACCUCAGUUUGUGUUACUUAAGUUUAAGUUUGUGUUACCUAAAGUCACCUGAUUAAAUCUAAUUGAAAUGCCAUAUCACGAUCAAACACUUUGUUUGUAGAUCCUCACCGGCUCACUUUGGUAUCUUAGUGUAGCUCUGAAUGGAAUGAGUUGUGCUCAGUCUGUGAUCUGUGCUGUAUAUUUCUGCUAAACUUAAUGCUCUUGUGGUGUAGUUUUAACUGUCACUCUGGUAGUAUGUAUUCCAAGUCAACUGUACAAGAGCUAGUCAGUCACUGCUAAUAACUCAGCUUAAUUUGUCUAACAGAUCAUUCUGAAAGGCAUUUAUAGACAUCGUGUGCUACAUGUCAGUCGACAGUUCAAAUGUACAUUAAUAAGAUGUCUGGGUUUUAAACGCACUUAGCAUCAGGGUAUUUUUUUUAUUUGUCUGAAUGUGUGCAUCACGAGAGGACUAUGAUGAAAGAUGAAUGUGUAAAUGAGCAAAUAAGCAAAUCAUGGCUGGAUAACUGAAUGGGCCUGCUGGGCACAGAUCUAACUGCUAAGACUGCUAGAACAAAACAAAAGGCUUCCAAGAAGUUGGAAUGGGAUCUGAAAGCUCACUAAAGAGCAAUAUGGCUGCAAGAGGGUGGAAAACAAAUUGCCAGUAGAUAACAGACAAAAAUGCUAUGUAAAUGGACUAAUUCUUACAUAACACUUUUCUACUCUCCCAGAGUACUCAUGCCAGAUUCACCCAAGCACUGUCUUCUAUGUUUUUAAGUGCUUUCUAACUACCAUUCACACACAUUGAUGCUGAGAUGGGAGAGCAACUUGGGGUUAUUAUCUUGCCCAAGAAUAUUUGGUAUGCAGACUAUGGGGAGCCAGGGAUUGAACCACCAACCUUUGCAAUCAGUAGAUGACCUGCUCUACCUCCUGACCUACAGCCACCCAUCAGUCAUAUGUCAAUAUGAAUGAUGACAGAGUUUAAACUACUCCAAAAAGAAACCAAGCAACUACAGAAAUGACACAAAACAACUGCAAGAAACGUAAAACCAAUGCAAGAGAUGUCUAAUGACUACAAAAAGAUUCAAAAUGACUUCAGAGAGACCUAAAGUGACUACAAAGUCAUGUACAAGGAAAAAACAUAAAGAACCCUACAAAGAGACAGAAAAUGACAACAAGUACUAAGGUCUGCAAGACAGCUGGAUAAAAAAAAAACAGAAAGCAACUACAAAGAAAGUGAUAUAAAAUGACCUCAAAGAUGUAUAAAACAAACAAUUGUAGAGGUGCCUAAACUGUACAGAGAUUAAAAGGACUUCAAAGAGAUUUCCCAAAUGACUUUGAAGCAACAAAAACAUGCAGAGAGAACACAACUGUAGAGAAGUCUAAUACUUAAAAGAGAUGCAAAAUCACUUCCAAGAGAUUUGAAGUGGCUACAAAAAUAUGAAAAAAUGUCUUCAAAGAGAGCUUAAGUAAAUACAGAUAGAUGUGAAAUUAUAUCUAAAUGACUACAAAAAGAUGUAAAAGGGCUGCAGGAAGAAGAAAAACAACUGCACAGACAUAAAACCACAAAAUGACACGGAGACACAACCACAAAGA